AUGUCUCAACUUCCCGUUGAUUGUUUAAAUGAGAUUUUUGAAUAUUUGGAAGAUGACAGAUUUACUUUAUAUUCAUGCAUAUUAGUUAAUCGACUUUGGUGUGGAACUUCAGUGAGUAUUUUUUGGAGAGAUAUUUAUAAUUAUAGUACAUCAAAUUUUAGUACUUUAAUUGCUUGCCUUCCAAACGAGUCAAAAGAAAUUUUAUAUGAAAAUAGAAUUAUUAUUUCUCCUUCAACCUCAAAAUUUCCGACUUUCAACUAUGCAGCAUUUUGUAAAAUUUUAUCUAUUAACCGAGUUUAUUACAAAAUUAGAGGGCUUCUUAGAAAUCAACAAACUAUUUCAUCACAAAAUCUUAAUAAUUAUAUACAUAUAAUGGUACGUGAAAUAUUCAAAAUGCUCAUGAAUCAGAUCACUUCUUUGAAAAGUUUA